AGACGCCGGGUAUAAAAAGGUUGUGGGGUAUUGAAUGUUCACCCAGUGGUUGAGGAGCUAGUCUGGGACAAUAUGAAGGGUGCACUAGCUCUUGUUCUUACUCUUGGAGUUACUGUUUCUCAUUCCCUGACAGUUUGGGAGGAUGGGAAAGAAUAUGUUUACACACAGGAAUCAGCUGUCCAUGUUGGAUCUAACGACUACACCUCCACUGCCUCCGGAUAUAGAACUAAGGCUGAAGUCCAUAUCCAGGUUUCAGGAGGAAAACUCAAGGUGAAGGUUAGUAAUCUAAGAAGAGCCACCUUUAACUUGGCUUAUCCAGACAAUUCAUGGCCUUACAAACAGGUCAACGAGACCAAAUCCAGCUACUUGAACAUUGAUGGUUUUGUUGAUGCUCCAUUCUCUUUCACUCUAGAGCAUGGACUUGUGAAGGAUAUUCAGGUUCCUUCUGAUGCUCCUGUCUGGCUUCAGAACAUGAUGAGGGCUUUCGCCUCCACCAUUCAGAUGGAUCUCACCAAGCUCAAGGACGAGAGACAGUUCACCACAAAGGAGAAGAACCUCCACGGAGACUGCUUUGUCCAGUAUACAUAUGAACACAAUGAUGCUGUUGAUUACCAAGUUGUCACCAAGAAUGUUGUUCAUCUGAAGGACUGUGUUAACAGGAGGUACAGACAGUUUAACAACCUCAUGGGAAGAACUUGCAAUGCCGACCCAAACAUGGAGAAGAAGUUCAUGCAGGUUCUGCAGAAUCCUGAUCAUGCAGAGGAUUAUGCUUCUGUCAUGACCCAGUCAUACACUCCCACCGAGCCUCUUUUCUCUGAGGCUACUACUUCUUUCUGGCUUGCACCUGUCAAUGGAGAUGUUUUCAAGAUUCAGAAGAUUUUCUCUUUUGGAAACAUUAUUGUUCAGCCCUUCACCGAGGAGGGAGCUUCCCACGUCACCGUAUCUAACAGCACACUUACCCUGAAGGAAGUCAAGGCAUCCAGUGAUGAUAUUACUGUCUCUGGAGAGGAAAACUUUGACAAUGUCGAAUUUGAAUUUGAACAUGGAGAAUGGAAAUGGGACCAGGAUGUUGAUAUGAAGAAGAGGGAGCAUCUCUUUGCAACUGGAUUCUUUGUUGAUGAGGAACAGUCUGUCUUUGUUGAGAGGCUCCAGCAUGCCAUUGAUCACUUUGUGUCUGAGAUGUACAAGUACAAGAUCAACUAUCAUACCAAGGAUGAGGUUGAAGAGAUGCACAAGGAUGGAAUCCAGCGUGUUAUCCCCUACAUGUACUCUCUGAACUAUGAUUCUCUGCAUCAACUGAAGGAGAUAUUUUUCUCUGACAUUACUGAGGCUGGAGUUUACAAAAGGAAUGUUUUCACUGAAAUUCUUCCCAUGGCUGGAACCAACCCUGCUGCCUACCUCAUCAAGGAGAUGGUUGAGAAUAAUGAGUUUGAUAGUGAUGCUGAUGCCGCCAGAGCUGUCACCUCUGUCCCAUUCCACAUCAGAAGGCCAACAAAGACCCUGGUCAAGCUGUAUGAAGAGCUCCUAGCUGUUGCUGAAACAUCAACUCAGACCUUCACCAAGAUGGCCAUCCCUCUUGCCUUUGCUCAUAUUGUUCGUCGUACCUGUGAAUUAACCACCCCUCAUCCAUACCAACCAGUAGACAAUGAAAAUAACAGAUAUGCUCAAGAGAAGAAAGCCUGCUUCCAUGAACUCCAAAAUCCCUAUGUUCAGAUGUUCUAUGACAAGUUUGAUGCCAUAAAUGAGGAUGACUCUGAGCUUUUGGAUCACUACCUGAUGGUUCUCUACAACUUCAAGUGGGGUAAAACUUAUGAUCUCCUGAAGCCAAUUGUACUGGGAGAGACGAAGCACAAGCACAAUUAUGCUGUCAGAACCAUGGCUAUCUUUGCUAUUUCUCCCAUGGCCCUUGCCAAAGGAUUAGAAAAGGAGUUCUUCUUGCCAGUCUUCCUUGAUACUCAUGAGAACCAUGAGGUCAGAAUUGCUGCUUUUGAUGUUCUUAUGAGGGGAGCUGCUGACUCUACUGUUAUGAGCAAGAUCAUGAAAAAGAUGGUCAUUGAGAAGGAUAAUGAAGUAUUCAACUAUGUUUACACAGCUUUUGAAAAGUUUGCUGAGAGCUUUGAAUCCACAUGCAACCACAACUUGGAGGAAUAUGCAACCUUCUUUCUGAAAUAUUGGAAGCAGCACAUGUGGAUGAGGCCCAGCUAUGGAUUUGGAAUCUCUAAGACCUAUGGCAAGAUUUUCAAGAAAGAGAAGUAUGGAUAUUCUGGCUCUUUUGAAUGGCACACAACUGGAUCUCACAAGUCUGCUACCCCCUUGAGCAUGAUGUUUGAUGUUCGUGCCCAGCAUUUUGAACACCACACUAUGCAAGUAUUCGGAGGUUAUAUAAGAAUCCAGGGACUUGCAAAGAAGCUUAUGGAGAAGGUCAGACACAUGACCACAUAUAAUCCCCAACAAUGGAACAUUGAUGAAUUGAAGGAUGUUCUCUUCUCCCAAAUGAACAUUAGAGAGAGAAGUGAUGUUCCUGUUGAAGUAGACCUUGUUCUCAUGAUGAAGGACAAUGUUGUUUUCCAGCGCCAUUACAAUGAGGGAUCUGUUGCUCCUGGAGGCAAGCUUUUCAAUUUUUUCAUGGAUAUUGUUGCUCUUGGCAAGGAAUAUAACAUCAACCAUCAACGUGGUCUUAUGUUUGGAAGUGUUCUGUAUGAACAGCCCACUGAAUAUGGUGUUCCAAUGGCUUUUAUGUCUGCUGGAACCAGCCUUGCAAGCUUCCAGGCCAAGAUUACCAGAGGACAAGAUAGCGGAGCAAUGCUGCGUAAAGUUGAUUACAAAAUUCAGAUCAACACCCAGGCAGAGAACACCAUGGCUAUUUUCAACCUUGCCACCAACACCAUGUUCCAGAUCACACAGGAUCGUGUCUACAACCACAGAUUUGGAAGCCAGAUCUCUGGUGUCCUGAAUUUACCUAAAUCCCAGAUUCGAGUCACAAUUGAGAGACCAGAGUUUGGAGAGCCCAUGUCCAUGGUUAUGCACAGCCACACCACCCUUUCUGUCAGAGGAAAUAAGAUGACCCAUCAUGAAACUGAACUUUCCAGAUCAUGCCCUACAUGCGAACACAACUUUGAGGUCACCAAGGGAUCCCAACAGAAGCAUGACAGAUACUUUUUGAACCAUGACAAUGAAGAAUGGGGAUUCCAUGUUGAAGGCAAGUACUUUGACUGUGAGGCCCAGCAGGCCAAAUCCCAUGGAGAAAUGUUUAAUGUUGUUGCUCAAGCCUUCAACCCUGUGACCAAGCACCCUAAGGACUUGUUCACUGCUGUUACCAUGGGAUUCAGACAGAUGCAUUCCUUCCUCCUUUACUACCCCAAGGUUGAGAGCUGUGGAGUUGGAUUUUCUUGGAGCCAGUCUAAGUUCAACCCUGUGGAAAAGGUUGAACUGUCUUUCACAGGACAAAUGAAGACUCUGACCAGACCUGAAUCUGUUUUCAAUGGCAAGAAGUUCUAUGCCGAAGGAGAGAUUAUCUUCCAUGGAGAUGUUGAUCGUGUUCAUCAUCUUAACAUGAAAUAUGAAUUUGAGCCCAUGUUCUCCAAAAAUGAGUUGGCCAUCAAACUGACCAGAAACCCCUUCAGACUUAAUGCCCGAGACUACCCUCCAUUCUCCAUAUGUUUUGAUGCCAACAACAGGUACCCAAUUGAUACCAAAGAAGAGCUCUCUCUUGAUUUCUCAACUGAUCAGAAGGUGAAGGCUGAUGUUUCCCUAUCAUGGGGCCAGCAUACUUCUUGCAAUAACAACCCAGGAAAGGUCCAGAUAAUUGGAGAGCACCAGACUACCCAGGAAGCCAAGCAGGAUCUAAAGAACAAGUGGUAUUACCACACUUGCAUGCAACAGAAGGAAUCUCCAGAAUGGAAAGCCUCAUCAUUCCCUGUCACUGAUGCUUGUUUCUACACAGCCAUUGAUCUUUACACAAUCCGUGACUAUAAAUGGACUGCCACUUUCCAGAGUCUUGAGCCCUGGAUGAUCACUGGCUACCGUAAGCUUGAGACCCUCGUAAAGACUGGACUCUUCCCCUUUUGGCAGAUCAAGCUUGAUAACAAGCUUGCUAGACAAACUGACUUCCCUUACAGCACUAACAUGAUUGAUAGCUACAGCCCAGUUGUUGUUAUCACUCAGAAGUUCCACUCUGAGCAAAACACCUUUGACAUGACUAUCCAGACCAACAGAGAUCUGAAUGAGUUUAAGGGAGUUCACUAUGGCUACUGGGACUGGAAUGUUGAGCCUUACAUGACUUUCCAGGAGUCCACCCCCUCAUUUACAUCUCUGAGAAACACUCACCUGUCCUCCUUGAGAAUGAAGAUGGCUGCCAACAACCUCAUUGGAAUGUGCUCUGCCAACACCAAGAGCAUCAGAACCUUUGACAAUGUAACCUACUCCUAUGACAUGCACAACUGCUGGACCAUGGUGUCUGCCCACUGUGCCCCUGUCCCCACCUACGCUAUAUUCAUGAAGAAGUCUCCUAAGUUUGUCAAUGAUGUAGUCCCCAAGAUGGAGGUUAAAAUGUAUGUUGGAGGCCACGAGGUCAAUAUCAAACCCAUCACCCAUGCCAAGUUUGAGGUUAACAUUGCUGGACAGGAAGUUGUUCUUGGAGAGCAUGAAAGCUACUACUGGCCAACCAACCAGAAAUUAUCAAGGAACCAAGAUGCACCUGAAAACUAUAAGUUCAAGGUUUACAGGUGGCAGAAGAAGUACUAUGUCGAGUCCUACAUGAAUGUGGCAAUCAGCACCGACGGAAACCACGUCUCCGUUGUUGCUCCUGCCUACAACCAGGGCCAGUCCUGUGGAAUGUGCGGAGACUUCAACGGUGAUCACGAGCAUGAGAUGAUCCAUCCCCAGAUGUGCGAGAUGAAGUCUGGAACUGAGAUGGCCAACGCCUGGGUAUGGGAACACAAUGACUCUGCCUGCCCUAGCAAGCCCGAAUGUACAUACACCGAGAAACUCCUCUUCCCAAGACAGAGCCGUUAAAUGUACCUGAAGGGAUAACUGAAGAAUUGAAGAUCAAAUCUUUGAUAUGCAAAAUGUUUUUGUCUAAAAUUUAGACGGUUUCACCAAUUUCUUUCAUACGCAGUCACAACCAAUGUUGUGUAUAUUUUGUCAGUUUUAUAAUGCAACAAGACUCAAAUAAAUACUCUUUUUAACAUAA